AUGGCUCGUAGACGUUUUUUAUCGCUGGAAAGACGACUUGAACGUGACUCUACUUUGAAAUCGAUGUAUGUAGAAUUUAUGGAAGAAUAUGUGUCUCUUGGCCAUAUGUCACCCUACACCCAAUCGUUGAAUGAUUCGCACUAUAUUAUACCUCAUCAUUGUGUUCUCAAGCCCCAAAGUGCUACUACAAAAAUUCGUGUCGUAUUUGAUGCAUCAGCUCGUAGCUCGUCGAAUCAUUCCUUGAAUGAUAUAUUGAUGGUCGGUCCAACAAUUCAGCAGGAUCUGAUCACCACACUUUUCUCGUUUCGAUUGCACAAAUACGCUCUCACUGCAGAUAUUUCAAAAAUGUAUCGGCAGUUUCGCAUAGAUGAAAGAGAUAGAAGAUAUCAACUCGUAUUGUGGAGAAGUAACAAAAAUGAUGAACUCAAGGUAUUCAAAUUGAACACAGUAACUUAUGGCUUAUCGGCCGCCCCAUUUUUGGCAAUUCGUAGUUUGUUUCUCAUUGCAGAUAAAUACAACACAACUCAUCCUCAUGGUUCGGAGGUCUUACGACAAGAUCUUUACGUCGAUGACGUACUUACAGGCGCCGAUAGCAUUGAGACUCUGGCUCUUAAAAGAGACGAGUUGAUCCAAAUAUUGAAAUGGCAUGGUAUAGAAUUGGCAAAGUGGAAUAGCAACCAUGCGUCGCUCACUUCGAAUGAUGUUGAAGAAAUCAUCAUAAAAACAUCGGAUAACGACAUAACUAAAACAUUAGGUAUGUCCUGGAAACCUCAGCAAGAUGUUUUCCUUUAUAGAUUCGAGUUGCCCGAUGUCACAAAUCCAACUAAAAGAUCAAUUUUGUCGAUCGUAUCCAAAAUCUACGAUUUGCUUGGAAUUUUGAGCCCAAUCGUUAUUCGUUGCAAAAUUCUUCUUCAAGAAUUAUGGGUUCAAAAUAUUGGAUGGGAUGAUCCUCUAAACGAUCAUCUCAAGGCUUUGUGGCUCCAAAUCAAAGAAGAUUUAUCGUACAUCCAUCAAGUAGAAGUCCCAAGAUAUGUACUUACGUUGUCCAAUCGACAUGGCGAAAUACAUGGUUUCGCAGAUGCUUCUCAACGUGCAUAUGGUUGUUGUAUUUAUUAUCGUGUCUCAGAAAAUGGUAUGUACAAAACCACAUUACUGAUUGCCAAAUCGAAAGUAGCUCCUAUCAAAGCCCAAUCUCUACCUCGUCUCGAAUUGUGUGCUGCAGUGUUACUCAGUAAAACGUGGCUCAAAAUCAAGUCUAAAAUUGAAAAUUUCGUCUCAUCGUUGUACUUUUGGACAGAUUCGAAAAUAGUACUCCAAUGGCUCAAAAUGCAUUCGUCAACUUUGAAUUGUUUCGUGGCAAAUCGUGUCUCUGAACUUCAAGAAGAAACUCGAAACAUCAUUUGGAGACAUGUCCCAACGAAAAGUAACCCAGCUGAUAUCGUAUCUCGUGGUUGUUGUGCUCAAGAAUUGUCGAAUACAAUCUGGUUUCGUGGCCCAUCGUUUCUAGAAGAAGAUGUCCCAACUUGGCCAGGAACUGAAGACGAGAUGACAAUUGAAGUCCCAGAACGCAGAAAGGCCGCCGUCUUUAAAAACACAGCCUGUGAAAACAAUGUCAUCAAUGACAUUCUGGAUAAGUGUCCCAUAAGUCGUUCGUUGAAGGUCAAAGAUGUUGUCCACAUAGCUCCUAAGGAACUUGAAGACACCUUUUGGAAGGUCAUCUCACUGGUCCAGCUCUCAUGUUACUCAUCGGACAUACAAGCAAUUGAAAGUGGGACCGUCGCUCAUCCAUCUCUGCAAAAAUUAACACCAUUUUUGCACAAAAUGAAAGUGGGAAAUGAGGAGAUUAAUAUUCUUCGAGUUGGCGGACGUUUAACAAAUGCUCCGAUUCCGUAUGAUGCAAGAUUUCCUGCCUUGUUGCCCAAAGACCAUCGAUUCGUCAAGCUGUUUGUAGAGCAUUUCCAUCGAAUUCAUUUGCACGCCGGUCCAAAGGUGUUGUUGGGCAUUUUACGCCAGAAAAUCUGGAUAAUCAAUGCCAGAGAAGUAGUUCGGAAGAUUGUUCGAAAUUGCGUGCAUUGUUUUCACUAUAAACCAAAAUUGUUGGGGCAAAUAAUGGGAAAUUUGCCAGUUGAUCGUCUUAGAGCUCAACGUCCCUUCUUGGUAACUGGAGUUGAUUUUUGUGGCCCUUUCAUGACGUCAUACAGGAUUCGAGGGAAGUCACCCUACAAAACCUACAUCGCAGUUUUCGUUUGCUUCAGUUCCAAAGCUACCCAUUUGGAACUCGUAUCGGAUUUGUCAGCAAACAACUUUAUAUUGUGUCUCAAACGAUUCGUGGGAAGACGUGGAAUUCCCCAGAAACUCUUUUGUGACAACGCAACUAAUUUCGUAGGAGCUUGUAACAGACUGAAAGAGCUCAAGGAAUCAUUUUUUAAUGAUGAAGUUGUCCAAAAAAUGAAAUCGAUUUGCUGUCAAAUGGGUCUUGAAUUCAAUUUCAUACCCCCACGCGCCCCACACUUCGGAGGAUUGUGGGAGGCAGCGGUAAAAUCCACAAAAACGUUGCUCAACAAGAACAUAACAGAGUCGUAUCUUACAUUUGAAGAGUUGCAGACCCUGGUAGUCGAAGUAGAAGCAAUAUUGAACUCUCGUCCAAUUGCUCCCAUGUCAGACGAUCCCAACGACGGGGAGGCGUUGACACCAGGUCAUCUCCUUAUUGGUUCAUCUUUGGUGGCAAUACCUGAACAACAACUUGAUGUUACCAAACCAUCGUUGCUAAAUAGAUGGCAAC